AAUAAGCAGACGCUCAUGAUCAACCUUCUUCUUCUUUCAUCAACGCCCGUCGUCCAAAUUCGUCCUUCGUUGCAGAUCAUAGUAACCCAACCUUAGUAUAAUUAGAGAUCAUGUCUCCUUCCGCUCUUUCAUCUGCCCUCCUGGCUGUUGCAGCUGUUUCUCGCAUUGCCUUUGUUAACGCUCAGCCCGACCCUGCCGACCCGACUCCUCUCGUUGACAAGCAUUAUGCUUACCCGUCUGGUAUCCCAUACCAAGUCGACUACAAUACCGCUGCUAUCCGUGGUCCUCAAGUCGGUUACAACAUUUGCAACUCCACAACCGAGAACCAGAAUUCUAUGUGUCAAACGUCCUUCGUGAACCACAUUGACG